UUGAGAAUGUUGAAGGGCCCUCGAGGAGGCGGCCCCUGCCCGCUGCUCAUGAGUUCCAUGGGCCGCGGCUUCAGAAUUCUGGCCUUUGGCCACCUCUUCCUGGUGCUGCUGACCAUUGCCCUCGUAUCAUCCGCGGCGGCCUUUGACCUCCACUGCGCUCCACUGAUCUCAACACUGCCGCACGCAGUGAUAUCUGGGAUAAGCAGCAUCGUGAUCACCGUCUUUUACCUGGUCACAUCGUUCAAGGCUCUAGGAACCGAGGUGGAAUGGAUGAUAAGGACCACAACUGCAGUGUCAAUAGCACUGAUGGACAUAGCAUUCUCAUGUUGGGGGUUCUUUCUACUCGAGAGAGCAGCGUUUAAAAUAUUCAAAGCAUUUAAAAACGAGCUUCAAAUUGAGCCGAAGUGCUUGCAGACGAUCUCAAUCUUGUUCCUCGUGGCAUCAUUUAUCAUUUUAUUCGUACACAUCGUCAUUUCAGGUAUUUUAGCACAAACACACCGAUGCUUCAGCGAUCUGUUUUGCCAUGUCAGUGAGGCUGACGAAACACAUUAA